AUGACCACCGACGGCAAGACGGUCGAGCAGAAACCUGUGAUCGACGAGGCCAUCGAGAGAAGCUGGGAUAUUCCUGAUUUCACUAUCAAGGAAAUUCGUGAAGCUAUCCCUCCCCAUUGCUUCCGUCGUGACACUUUCCGAUCAUUCACCUAUGUUUUGCACGACAUUGCUAUCAUCUCUCUCCUUGCCUAUCUUGCCACCUUCAUCGAUACUAUCCCCUCUGCUGCUGUACGCAUCAUCCUUUGGCCCUUGUAUUGGAUCGCUCAAGGCGUCGUAGGUACCGGUGUUUGGGUUAUUGGUCACGAAUGUGGCCAUCAAGCAUUUAGCCCAUCCAAGACCAUCAACAACAGCGUCGGCAUGGUUCUUCAUUCAUUGUUGCUCGUCCCUUAUCAUUCGUGGAGAAUCUCCCAUUCUCGCCACCACAAGGCCACCGGCCAUAUGUCCAGAGAUCAGGUCUUUUUGCCAACCACUCGCUCAAAGUAUGGUUUGCCACCCAGAGACCAAGACCCUGAAGGUGAUGGUCCUCAUCAUUUGUUUGACGAGUCUCCUCUUGGUACCCUUUGGGGCAUGUUUGUCAUGUUCGUAUUUGGAUGGCCCAUGUAUCUCUUUGCCAAUGUCAGUGGUCAAGACUAUCCUGGUUGGGCUUCCCAUUUCAAUCCCUACUGUGCUAUCUAUGAGGAUGCUCAAUUUUGGGAUGUCAUGCAAUCUACCGGUGGUGUUUCGGCUAUGAUCGGUGUCUUGGUCUACUUGGGUCAAACCUUUGGCUCCAUCACCAUGAUCAAGUUUUACGUUAUCCCUUACCUCAUGGUCAACUUUUGGCUCGUGCUCAUUACCUACUUGCAACAUACUCAUCCCAACCUUCCCCAUUACCGUGAAGGCGUCUGGAACUUCCAACGUGGUGCUGCGUUGACCGUUGAUCGUUCAUAUGGUGCCAUUCUCAACUACUUCCAUCAUCACAUCUCGGAUACUCACGUUGCUCAUCAUUUCUUCUCCACCAUGCCUCAUUAUCAUGCCGAAGAAGCCACUCAUCACAUCAAGAAGGCUCUUGGCAAGCAUUAUCAAUACGACCCAACCCCCAUCCCAAUUGCCUUGUGGCAAUCCUGGAAGGAGUGCCGAUUCGUUGAGGAUGAGGGUGAUGUCGUCUUUUACAAGAACUAG